AUGAAGUUCUCUGCCGUCGCCGUCGCUGCUCUCGUCUCUGUCGCCGCCGCUCAGGGCGUGAGCGACCUCCCCAAGUGCGCUCAACAAUGCGCCAGCAAAGGCUUCCCUGCUAGCUGCGGCGCCGACGUCAAGUGCGUCUGCACCAGCGAGUCCUUCCUCGACGCCAUCACCUGCUGCGUUGCUACAACCUGCACCCCAGAGGAGCAGAAGAAGACCAUCCAGUUCGCCAAAGCCAUCUGCGGCGGCGUAGGCGUCAACGUCCCUGACUCUGCCGUCUGCCCAACUGCCUCGUCCGGCUCUCCCUCUGCUACUCCAACCUCGUCUGGCUCUGGAGGCAGCAACACCUCUGAGACCGGCUCUGUCACCGGCACCGCCAUCACCGGCACCAGCUCGCCGUCUGCCACCGAGAGCCCGUCCGGCUCUGCCACCCAGACCGGCUCUCCGUCCGCUACCCACUCGGGCUCUGGCUCGACCGGUGCUCCAACCCAGACCGGCAACGCUGCUGCGUCCGUCAACGCCAACGGCGGCCUCCUUGCUGCCAUUGCUGCCCUCGUCAUCGCUGUGGCGUAG